AUGACAGGUGAAACCAUGCAUCUCCCGAGAUAUCUAAGCAGCGUGCACGCUUAUAAACAAAAGGUAACUGGAGGAUCCAGUGGAAUUGGAAAAUGUAUUGCUAUUGAAUGUUAUAAGCAAGGUGCUUUCAUAACACUGAUUGCAAGGGAUGAGAACAAGCUGUUGCAGACAAAGAAGGAAAUAGAAAAGUAUUCUGUUAAUGAUAAGCAGGUUGUGCUGUGUAUUUCUGUUGAUGUAUCUAAAGACUACGAACUGGUGGAGAAUGUUCUAAAACAGGCUCAAGAGAAGCUGGGGCCAGUUGACCUGCUUGUAAAUUGUGCAGGAACAUCAGUUACAGGAAAAUUUGAGGACAUUGAAGUGAAUUCUUUUGAAAGAUUAAUGGGAGUCAAUUAUCUGGGUAGUGUUUACCCAAGUCGUGCAGUAAUUGCUACCAUGAAGGAACGCCGGAUGGGAAGGAUUGUGUUUGUAUCAUCUCAGGCUGGGCAAUUGGGCCUGUUCGGUUACACGGCUUAUUCUCCAACAAAGUUUGCUCUUCGAGGACUGGCUGAAGCCCUCCAAAUGGAGGUAAAACCGUAUAAUAUCUACAUAACAGUGGCCUAUCCUCCAGAUACUGACACACCUGGCUUUGCGGAAGAAAGUAAAACAAAGCCUUUAGAGACGAAGCUAAUUUCUGAAACCUCAUCUGUUUGCCAAGCAGAACAAGUGGCCAGAGUUAUAGUCAAAGAUGCCAUACAAGGGAACUUUAACAGCUCAGUUGGAUCAGAUGGUUACAUGCUAUCAUUACUGACCAGUGGAAUGUCACCAGUCACUUCUAUUACUGAAGGUCUUCAGCAGGUUGUUUGCAUGGGCAUUUUUCGCAUCAUUGGCCUAUUUUACCUAGGAAGUUUUGACAGCAUAGUUCGUCGCUGCAUGAUGCAAAGGGAAAAGUCUGAAAGUGCAGAUAAAACUGAAUAAUCUUUAUUGUUAAAUGGAAAGAAGAAUGUUAAAGUCCUGGACAGCUUGCUGCUUAAGUGGGACUUGGUUUCUCUCCUGAAGGCUUUAGAUUGAAAGUACUUGAGUAUGUGACAGAUGAGUCCCCUCAAAAGCAAUGAAUGAAAAUGAAAGCGCAACUCCAGAAAAUGCCAAACUAUGCAAAAGUGUGAAUGAGGAUUAGCUUUUUUUUUUUGGUGAUUGAGUUGGAGAAAAUUUUGGAAAGUUCUUUUAAAUGAUCUUUAGAGGAGAAUUUCAGAAUGGGUGAUGUGUGGUAAUUCUGGACAAAUGCUUAAGUUUUUUCGCAUUGGUGCUUAAAGACAAAAUAAGUACCAUGAUUUUCCGGGCUGAAGUAGAUUGAAGUCCCUUCGACAAGUUGGUACUUGUUGCUAACAUCUUGGGACUGUUCUUAAUUUAGAAUGUUAACUUUUCCUUUGGCAAUCUACAGAUCCUUCUCUCCAUGACAACUUUCCUCAUUCCGUUCAACAUGCAAAUAUGGAAACCUUAAGAUGUCAGAUAUAUUUGUAUGAGCCAAGCCUUCUCAGUUUGGGAGUAAUUAAGAAGUACGCAUUCAUAUAUACAUACUUUCUGAAGGGAGAUGAAGAACAGAUUCCCACAGAGAAACGCUAAGAGAUGUGACUGGGUCUGUAGCUCUUCUGGCCUUUGAAGUGUCUUGUGAACAGAAAAAUCAAACCAGUAUCACAAGUGUUUUAUGACGUCCAGCAUUUUAAGCCAUUGAAAUUAGUGUAUAACUUUUUCAGAUACUCGCUAUUUUCUUACCUGCCAAUUUUUGCUCUGGAAAGGAAAGUAGCAUUAUGCUACUGUUAUGGACGUUAUCUUUAAAAACUGCGAAUGAUGAGCCAAACUAGUUGAUGGAAU